UGCAUUAUUUAUGAGGUGCUACAGUGCAACAGGCAGUUUCAUGAACCUGCAGCACCACCAGGUAAUGAUCUCAUCUCAAUAUAUCGUCUAGCAAAUAAACUAACCUGCUUAUGUCAACAAUUAUAACUUUGUUUAGUAAAUAGCAGUGUAUAAAAUUGACGUUAAAAGAUGAGAUUACAGAAGUACAUGAAUUAGGCAGGCAGGACAUGUUCAUGACAUGUAUUGUGAGUCAUUUCUUGUGAAAUUGUCAUUUCUUGUGCAAGAGCAAUGACAUCUCUUCUAGAAGACGGCUUGAUAAAAACAGGCUCAAUCGAGCAGGUGGUGGCUCCUCUGUCCACUCACCUGUGUCAGCUCAUCCUGCUGUGUGGAAGUGAUACAGAACUGGACCAGUUCACUCAACUGGAAGCGGCCGCUACAGCUGUGAGCAAAGCUUCUAAAAACAUGGCGGCUAUGGCAACAAGGCUAAUGGAAAAUACAGAAGAUAGCAUACUAAAAAUUGAGAUGGAUCACCUUGUGGAAUCUCUGACUGUGUCGGGUCAGCAUGUGCUCCUGGCCACCCAAAAGCUCAGCAUACAACCAGAGGUCAUGGAACACAGAGAAGAACUCAUUGAAGCAACUCAGAAUGUGAUGUUGAGUGUGGUAAAGAUUCUUCUGGUAGAGGAUGAUGAGACUGUAAGGAAGAUCACGGCGGCUGCUGAAUGGCUCUUGCAUUGUCUCUCUCAAGUAGGAGCUGCAGAAGACAUUUCAUCCUUAUUGAAAGCGUUUCAAGUCUACUCCAAGGCAAUGCUGCUCCUUCACACCUCCGUGUUGGAACGAAUACAGGAACUGCGUGAUAACACACAGCAGAAGCGUUUAAAAGCAUCUCUAGACACCCUGGGAAAAUGUGUCUCCAUGCUGCACACCGCCAUGUACACAACCAUCAAACAUCCGAACAGUGAGGAGGCUCAGAGUGCAAAGCAUUACAUCUUAAACCAAGUGGAAUUGACUGUGAAUGACAUCGUAAGCACACUUAAGAGUAAGUGUGAACCGGGUGUUACGGGUUCGCGUGGAUACUACACCGAAAUACAGAACACUUUACAGAGGAUGCUGUCUGCCCCCACGUCUGUUAAAGAUGCUGGAUUUGAUGUUAUGCUUCGUGACCUGGUGCUCCACAGUAUGAUGGUAGCAAACGCUUCCAGGAGGGAAAUCCAGUUGGAAGUGGCUGCGAACUGCAAGCUGGUCCUACAACACUGGUCAGGGAUUUCCCAACAAACCAAACAUUCUGAUGAUCAAGAACUAUCGCAGCAGAUCCAUAAAGUCAACAAUGCUGUUGCGAAAGCCACCAUGUUCCAGAUAAUGGACAUAUUUGUCUCAAGUGUAGCUCCUUUGGAGCAGCUGGUGCACGCUGUUAGCCGUAUCUCCCAGGAAGAGCUUGAUGAUGAAGAGUUGGAUGUGAAAACACUUCAGAAGCAAUGUGAAGCCUUUGAAGCUCACGCUGAUAAGAUAGCAGAGGUGGCUGGCUUCAUCUCAUCUUUAGCAUGUGAUGAGACAAGUCUUGAGGGUGUAGAUAACUCCAGAGCAUUCAUUCUGCAACUAAAAGACGCAAUUGUAGCGCUCGUUUCGGAUCUUGGAGAAGAUGCCGUGCACUGUGCAGUAGUUCUGCAAAAGCUAAAAGAGAUAACUCCGAGAUGGACAGAAGAGAUGGAGCAACUCCUGCAUGUUUGUAGCGGCAUCAUGAACAUUAAGGACUUUGUCUGUCUCGCUCUUAAGGAGAUCGGACAAGACUGGGGGGCUUGUGUUGAUGCACAUAAAGAUCAGAAUGUGCAGAUCUUCACCAAACAGGCAGGUUUGCUUAUCGGGCACAUGAGCCAAGUGAUACAGUUUGUGAGAAGACACGUUGAUAAGAGUGACAAUCCAAUCUACCGUAAUGGGCUUCUGGUUUUGAUAAAGCAAGCUGAGGCCUGGGCGGCCGAGGUGACAAACUGUCUCACUGAAAUCUACUCUAAUACAAGCCUUAGCAGUGAGCAAUUCUCAUUGCUUUCCGACAGCGUCACAAUAGCUUUAAGACACUUUGACGUUCUACGUGAAGGUCUUGAUGGCUUGCAGCAUCCACAUUUGCUCAGUCCACUGCGGGAGGGAGCUCGCCAGUUUGUCAGUACCGCACCGUGUGCUGUCCCAAUUUCAGAAGCUCGAAGUGAUGAUGAUAAAACUGAAUCCGAGAUGUCAGUGCACAGCUCCACUAUUGAAGAUAUUCAGCUUAAAGAUGAUUUGGAGACUGUUCAACCAAUCAUGGAGCAGAAUGUGCCAAACACAGAAGAAGAGUGGACUGUACCUGUCGUUGAAUCUAAUCCUGUUGUACAGCUUUAUAAUGUUGAUUUAUUGCCUCUGUUGUGUGAAGUUGUCAACAUGACCAAAGGAAAAGAUGUAGAAGCCCUCAACAUGGCUUGCACUGGAGUUCUUGGGCUUUCAAACAGCUACGCCCAAGCUGCCAGAGAGGCCACCAGCGUCACAAACACAGUUGACAAUCUGGAAAUGGAAAGUCUGCGAUCUGAACUAGUGUCCCUGACACCCUUGCUCGUCCAGACAGCACAGGAAACAGCCAUGAGUUCAGCUAUGAGUACAGAUAGUAUUUAUAAACACAGCACACAAUUCUCAGACCUCAUCAAAAGUGCCCGGAAGAUAUUGAUGCCGGUGGCAGGGAUGUGGUACCAUGCCGUUUACUCCAUGUUCCAAAACUACGUACCAAGCAUGUUGGAAUCUAUCACACAGGAACUCACAGAGGUCAUGUGUUUAUGUGCGGAUGCUGUGCAACUUGUGACAUCGGUGGACAUCAAGGUGUUGGGUGAGUCUCAUGAGAGUAUUAUGACCUUGCAAAGCAAACUCCAAAAAGCUCAAACCAACGCAAAGAAUCUUACAGAUCUUGUUGGUUCAAGGUCAACUCUAACUGAUGAGCUCGAUGGCCUCUGCAUGCUUUGGGCUUUGUCCAUUCAAGUGCUGCUGAAUUCACUGGAUAGAAUUUUAGGAACGUCUGAUGGCAAGCAAAUAAAUCGUCAAAUGACACCCAAGAAAUGGUUGGCAGCGAUGUCCGAGAACUCACUUCGUAUCCAAGAAGCUGCAAGACUGUCUUCUUUGAACUGUCAAGACAGCUAUAAGGUUAAACAUUUAGAAGAACUACAAGAAGAGGUGAAGAUGCUUACGGACUCAUACCUACAGGUUGCAGAUGAUGUUGGUACUGUGUCUCUCUCAAGUGUCUUGACAUUGGCCAAGUCAGAGCUUCUACAGAGACAUUUUAAGAUUAAAAUGAAAGCACUCGCUUGUCUCCUGAGUAAGAGUAACCAGGAUUAUGUGACAGCAAUUCAAAACAUUAUUUCUUUGGCAUGCUCAGUGAAAAGUAAAGAUGGCAGCAUGGAAACUGAAGAUGCUUUGGCACAAUUUGAAAGCGAAGCAGAUUUGUUAAUGAAGAGUGUUAAAAAUGCAACAGAGUCCAUUGAAGACUGUUUCAAUUUUAUCAGAGACCCAAAGGAGAGAUCAAAUCUACGUUUUUUCAAUGACCACUUGUCCUUUCAGAUGUCAGACAUAUUGUGUAGAGCCAGAAUGAUCGCAGAGACACAAACUCUGGGCGAGACUCUAACUCUUGACAUACAGACACAGUGCUGGUCAGCAAAGGCUCACUAUCUUAUAGAGGAAAUUUGUAAGUUGGAUGGAAUUCUUGAUGUUACCAAAGAAAAAAUCAAGUGUGGGUUGCAGGGCAGAGAGUCCGGUGGAUGUCUGAAGCCUCAAAUAUCAAUAGCAUUCACGCAAAAAAGGGAAACCCUGCAUCCUAUACGCAAAGAACCAAAUCCCACGGCCAAAAAGAAUCAAGAUUCUACCGCAAGCAAACCAAACAUCCAAGAUGUGUCCAGACAGGACCCAAAUAAGGAAGUGACAUCACAGAGGAUCACAAGAGUGCCCACAUUCACCUCGGUGGACAUGACUCUCUCAUACACGUCCCUCUUUCUCAAACGAGAGACAGAGAAGUGGGAUGACAAGGGUAACCAGGUCGUCAAGGUGACGAAGGAAAUGGCUGAUAAACUCUUUCACAUGGCCCAAUAUUUAAAGCGUAAAGGACCCAUUCAGAGUAAAGAUGCUUUCGUGACGUCUGCAAAAGAUCUCGUUUCGAGCGGCCAGUCCAUCACCCGGUUUGUGCGUGUCAUAGCAGACCAUUGUUUGGACAAACAUUGCACAGAAGAGCUCUGUGUCAUAGCAGAGCAGAUUGUUACCAUUUCCAACCAACUCGCCAUCAUCUCUAGUGUUAAUGCAGUGACCCCUGGAUGUAAGUCAUCGGAUGAGAUCCUGGUGAAGAAUGCACAGAAUCUACUACAGACGGUCAUCCAAGGCGUCCGAGCUGCGGAAACUGCUUGUAUCAGGGGCUUGAAACAACCGGAACCAAACUCUGAAGCGUCAAAGGCAGCAGCUUUUUGUUUCCAGUGGAAAAAGAGUCUUCUUAUCCAUCGAGCUCAGGAGCAGCUCAACCCUGAAACUGAUGACUUGGGUCUACGAAGAACCCCCCAGAAUUCCACUGUGCCCAGCCUUGCUCCACCCAUCAAUGUCUUAGACAAUUUCAAAUAAGAUAUGCUAUGUUAACAUGCUAUGUUAAUUGACUGUUUUUUUAUUUAUUCUAGACUUAUCACCGUGUAAUUAUAAGGUUCUAUCUGACAUUCUUGUCAACAUUUAGUUAUGCACAUAUUCUUUUUCUGUGACAACUUAUUUACAUUAGAUUCAUCCUCUACAAUAUUAGGAAAAUUAGAUCUGUCCUAUCCGAGCAUGCUACGCAAGUCCUAGUCCAGGCUCUUGUUCUGUCCGGACUGGACUACUGCAAGGCGCUACUGGCUGGACUUCCAGCUUGCACAAUCAAACCUCUACAGAUGAUCCAGAAUGCAGCGGCAACAGUGGUCUUCAAUGAACCUAAGAGAGCGCACGCGUCACUCCUCUCUUCACUAAGUUACAUUGGCUCCCUAUAGUCGCCCGAAUCAAAUUCAAGACUCUGCUCCUGGCCUACGAGACCACCGCUGAUUUGGCACCCCCUUACCUUCACUCGCUAAUGCAGACUUAUAUACCCGCCAGAUCCCUACGCUCUGCAAACGAACGACGUCUUGUGGUGCCAUCCCAAAAAGGUAAAAAAUCUCUCUCACGUACCUUCUCAGGAUCAGUUCCACAUUUAUGGAUUGAUCUGCCCGCUGCUACAAGAUCAGCAGAUUCUGUAGCCAUCUUUAAGAACCGCCUGAAAACACAUCUCUUCCGUCAACACCUCUACUCUAUCAACAACAACAAAAACCUUAGCUCUGUAUACUGUGGGAGGCUAUAUGAGACCAGUUUUCUUUUAUUGCACUUAUGCUUUUUGUUGUCCUUAUGUUGUUCCAAUUGCUUCCAUUGUUUCCCUCAUCUGU